CUGGAAUGUGCCAACGUGGCAUGAGAUUGUAACAAACCAAAUUGCGUCUGGAAUAAACCUCCAAAGAAAUCCCAUCUCCUCCUCAUUAUAUUUCUCUUUUGGGUUUCACGAUCAACGUCGUCAACGGAAAACUGCCGUCGAAAACCACCGGAAUUUGGGUGAACAGAAAGAAAAUCACUAAAAAGAUGGCUCUGAAUCCGCAACUGUUUCCGAACGGGAUGCCGGUGCCUUUUGUGAACGAGAUGUUUGUAUUGGCAAGGGAUGGCGUGGAGUUUGAAAUUGAUAAGAUCCCCGGAGCUCAAGGAGGGCAUCUGAAAGCAAAGGGUAUAAUCUACUUGUCUAACAUACGGAUGGUUUUUGUUGCAAGUAAGCCUGUUGCGGACUUUGUUGCUUUUGAUAUGCCCCUGCUUUACAUUCACGGUGAAAAGUUUAACCAACCAAUAUUCUUCUGCAACAAUAUAUCUGGAACGGUGGACCCUGUUGUACCAGAAAAUGAUCACAGGGCAUUAUAUUCACCUCACUCGUUCAAGAUUUUGUUUAAAGAAGGUGGUUGUGGAACUUUCAUACCCUUGUUCUUCAACCUUAUCGGAUCAGUGAGACAGUUUAACCAACAGGCAGCAAGAGCAGAACCUCGUAUGGAUCCCAUGCAAGCUGCACAGACUCCAGUUGAUGAGAUGAUGAGACAUGCUUAUGUCGACCCGAAUGAUCCGACAAGGAUAUUCCUGCAGCAGCCCACUCCUCAGUCACAGCUUAGGCGGCGGGGAUACCAUUCACAGCCUGCUGAACACGCCAUUUGAUGUUUAUAGAGACAAUGUAUGGCUUAUUUCAUCUCAAGGACAUAUGAGGGCUACAUGUGUUGUAUAUUAGGCGAUUGUGAUAUUUCAUUGUAAUUAAGCAGAUAAUAAGCUGAUGCUACUUUAUACUGAAGAAACAGAAUGCAAGUUUGUUUUAAUUUGUAAUAAAAGUACAAGAAAAUUUCUAUACUGAUGUAUCUACUGUACUACUUUGAUGCCUACUGCCCUUGUGAAUUACCUUGUGUGAAUUAUGGUUGUUCUCUGCCUGAGAAAUAUGCCUUUGCAUUCAUUUAGUUAGUCGGAUUAAACCUCGUCUCAGCCAUAGUUGGUAUGCUGUCAUGUAAAAGGCGUCGAAACUUGUUGGAGUAGCGUGCCAUGUAAAGUGUUUUCUAAUGAGGCAGAGAUUGCUGUACAGUCUUUGGUACCUUUGUUGUGAUAUGGAUAGCAAUAUCUGUUUCAGCUGUUUGAAAUCUGCUUCCUGGAUGACAAUGGAGAACUCUUUCCAAUCCAGUACGUCUGCGAGUGGAAGGUCGUAGUAGUUGGAAAUUAGAACUGGAAUGCAGCCAUAGUGUAUAGCAUCGCUGAUUCUUGCUGUGUUGACCUCAUAGCCUUUGAUGUGAAGGCAGAAUUUACUUCUUUUGAAGCCUUCCUCAUAUUGAAGGGAAGAACCAACACCAGAUGAUACGGCUAGUGAUGUGUCAUUGCUCCAUGCAUCCAGUAUCCUCUGUCGGAUUAGGGAAUUUUGCGCUCGCCCAGCAAAGAAAAUGAGUUUAUUCCUGCUGUUGAACUCAGGUGGUUGGCAUGAAGCCAGGUCCUGCUCCUGUUGGCGAGGCCAUAUUUGGGGUAAUGCAAUGUCCUUGUGGGUAGUAUACAGCCUCUGGAAAUAGCUGGAUGAGCAGGUGAUUUGAAUAGCAUUGUUGUGCAGAGCACGGUGUUUGGAGGCGGCUUCCCGGCCAAUGGAAUGACAGUAGACAUAAAAGUGAUCAGCACCUCCAGAGGCAUUCCAAUAAGGGAAUCGGGAACUAACAUUGGUGGUGUACUGGGCAAUGAAAUCGGAAAUGGAUGAAGCCGAAUGCACUUGGGGAUGAUUACGCAUGGCAUUGAUAGAGAAAGGCAUGUAGAAGAAAUUAGCCUGGUCCGGAUGUUUGGUAACUAGUGGACUGCGAAGAAGAGCCACCUUGAAGGCAUGUUCACUGAAAUAAUUCCCUAGUUUCGGGUUCUUGAAUGCUUCUGGUUGCGGGAGGAAGAUGCUGUGAAAUGGCGAAGGGGGUGCAGUUGGGGCAGCUUCAGGGUACACGAAGAUUCUGAGAUUGCUCAUCAUUUCUUUAUAAUCGGCCGAGAAAAGUGCCCAGUCGUGGUAAGGUCCGCUGCCGGCGGUGACAUUGGCAGUAGAUUUGGGUGGCGCAGAAGCUGGAGCUGAGCUUCCUCCGCUUGAAACAUGAUUCAAAUUAGCUUGGCCAAUAGCUGCUGCAGAUUCUCCUGAUUGGACAGGCGACCGGAAGCCUGGCCGCGUGCGGUUGUCAGAAAGAACGUCCACCACCGCCACCAAGUGAGGAGUUCUCUCUGAUUCCAAUUCAAACGGUCUCCGGGAAAUGAGUCGCAUCUUCGAGGGUAGAAGCACCAACAUGAAGGCUGCCAAGAGUAAGAGGAACUUCCACCAUGCUGGCCUGAGUAUAGAAUUGGACGGCUGCCGGCGGAGGACUUGGUGCUGUGACCGAGAUCGCCGCAGCCGGAAUCUAAACAAGUCAUUACUACUACCUGUGCUCUCACUGUUGAGUUGGUCCAUCGGGGGAAAGGCCAGAAUCACAGAGGAGGAAAUGAGGAAAACAAGGGUCGUGGACUCCUGAGGAUGGGGAUUUGCGAAAAGACGAAAGCAGAGAAAGAAACAAAAGCAUUGAUAUUGGUGGGGAUUGGCUUCAGCGGUUACUUCAAUGUUGUUGUUAAUUUCUACAACACCUCUUUAAUAGGCUUUUUCAUGCUGGCUAUCUGGGACUGGGAAAUGGGAUGCCGGCGUGUCCUUACUGCCACAGCUACUCGUGGUAAUAAAAUAUAAAUUUAGUCGGUUUCCCCGUCUGUAUUUGGAGCCCCACACGAGUGGCUACUUGCUGACGUCCCAUUGGGUACAUGGCUUUACAUUUACAAUUUUUGGGAUAUUUUGUUUACAGUCGACAACAAAAAUAAUGCAUCGGC